AUGCAGGGUGCAACUCAGAAUGAAGAGGAUACUCCCAUAAGAUCUCUUGGGCACAAUACCCUGCUUGAAUUGCUUAACAAGAAUAAGAGCGAAAGGGGGAGCGCAACUGGAGAGGAUAUACGGAAGAGGGAGAAGGAGGCUCACGCGACUUACUCCAUCGAACGAGACACUUUAGGAAGGAAAAAGAAAUCAUUAAAGAGGAAAAAAAGGGCCAACGGAAGGGCGAAAAAAAAGAGAAAACAGGAAUUGUCAGGCAGGAAAAGCAUAAAACAGUCAUCAGAUAGGGGUCCUAACGAAAAGGAAACAAAAAUGUUAAAACACCCUCGUCGCAGUCUUGACACAUCCGGAAAGACAGACCAAGAAAGGAAUAAACGUUACCUGCGCAUGAUGAACAAGUAUAACCUGCUCCUUGGAAGAGGUAAAAAACCCCAUUUUAUAACACCCAAAUGUGAUUAUAUGAAGGUGAGAAAGAACAUCCCUGAGGGUGUCUUCCAUCCACGUAGUAGCACCACCAUCAAGAGGGACAUGUGUGAUGACCGCACUGAUGAUGUCGAUGACGACUCCAAUCAUAAUGGUGAAAAAAAUGAUAAAUUUUUUUCUUUAAAAACGGGAAACGUACCUGCAGAAAUCAUGGAUGGGGCUCGGGUUCCCAUGUUGGGAGGAUUUUUCUCCGAGAAUGAAAUGAGAGGGGAUGAAAGGGGCCAGGCAAACAGUGGGGGUGAAAAUGGAGAUAGUCCAGGCGGAACCCCAACGAGCAGUUUGAGAGCCCACGGGAGUAGCAGCCCUAAUGGGCCUUGCAGUGAAAAUUGCAGUGACGCCCCGCCUGACAUAGAGAACACACCUGACAUGCUCACAGAAGGAGAUAAAAAAAAGGAAAGCAGCCGUGCCGUCAUGUCAUAUGGUAUGAAACGAAAUUCGAGCACAGGCACCACAGACUUAGGGCAAAGGUCCCAGAUAAAUGAAUCCCAUACUGAGGUCGGAAGUGUCAAGCUAAGUAGAAAAGGGAAGAACAAAAAGGAUAGUGACACUGAAAUGAAGGACCUGCACAAAUCAUGGUGUGACAUGGGAACGACUGACUCGAUUGAAAGGGAAACCACUCUCAAUUCCCUACAUAGCAGCAGUGAAAAAAAUGAAAAAAAUGAGUGUAAUAAAAAAUGUGUUAUGAUCAACCAUCCAGACGAUCACAUAGGCCAAGUGGAAAAGGUACAUCUCCUCAAAACUCCUGAUGUUGUAGGUAAAAAGGAUUUCCAAGCUGAUUUCGCGAACGUUGUCAAAAUGGAAGAAAAGGAUUCCAUCGAUAUACAAACGGUACUGCGAAGAAAUGAAGGAGAUAUGGAAAGUCACGAUCUGGAUGGGAAACCUUCCCCUGAUAGCAUCAGCCCAGUGGACUCCUUCAAUCAUGAGGAUUUCAUUUUUCUCGACUUUGACCCGAUAAAGGAGGAAUACGUAGAAAUUAAAAAAACACUCCAGAGGUACAGAAAGAAACGCGAAUUAACGGAGGACCAGGGUGAAAAAAUGGACCAGGACUCAAAUGGGGAAGACAAUUUGGAAAAAAAAAGUAUGAAGGAAGAAUUAAAAGAUAAAACAGAAAAACAAACUUGUCAUCAAAAUGACGAGAAUAUUAAUAUUAAAAAAAAUUUUAAUUAUUUGAAAGAGAGGAUGUGUCAGGGAAAAAUACGAAUAAUCAAUUACGACUUUGAGCGCAAUUUGUGUUACAUCUUAGUGAGAGGGGAUUCUUCAUUGUAG